ACUCGGCACAUGGAAGACUCACUAGUCCAAGUCAUUGCUCUAACCAUAUCAGGCCGGAGUACUAACUAGUCAACAUCCUUCACAGCUGGCCAUUUAUUAUAGAGUAAUUUACACUAGCGGUCUUUAAACUUAUAACGAGGUUUCACUUAAGUUCAUAAACUUGUAAAACGUGUAUCAAGAUCCUUAAACUUGGUUUAAUGUAUCAUUCCGGUCCAAAGUCUCGUUUUACCGUGGUUUUGGCUACGUGGACGAUAAUAUAGCUAAAUUUUCUUUUUCUCUUUUUUUUUUCUCCCCAUCUUUUCUCUCCUUCCUCACCUGGCGUGGCGUCGCUCACCUUGCUCUCGCAGUCGCUCUCCCACCACUCCGCGCUGCUCCUCCUCCGCCCCCUCGCCUCCGCGCUCAUGUCCAUCGCCGGGAAUCUCCACACCGUGUCGCUGUUGUCGUCCUCGGCUGCCGAGCUGUCCUAGCUCGCCGCCGACGCGCGGCUGCUCGUAUCGCCCCGGAACGGUGGGGGUGAAGGGGUUGUGGCGGGGGCGGAUGUGCUGAUCCCGCGACUCUGCCUUGGUCGGCGGAUUCCCGCGCCACGGCGCUGGACGCGCUCGUUGACUCCGUCGGGUCGCCGCUGUCGGCGGCGGCGGUGUCCGCCGUGGCCGUGAUGCUCGACUCGGGCGAGAUCCUACCGAUUACCUCGGAGGAGGAGGAGGCCCGUCGGCAGCGAUGCAGUGGCAGUUUCCGGCGUCCAAGGUAAGCGUUCAUGUCCUUCAGGUCAUCGUCGUCGUUGGCGGCGGCGAGGGAGGAGGAUUCCAAGGAGGCGGCGGUGUUCGACCGCUUCUCCCUCUUCGGGUUCCGCCCACCGCCGCGCCUGUCUCGCCCGGUGACGCCUUCGACGGCGCCGCCGCCGCCUCCACCAUGAAGCAGCGGCAGUUUGGAUUCGACGGCCGGCAGCAGUACGCAGCCGCCGAGCAGCACGGCCACCGUGAGCAGGGCGUGGACUCCUACGGCGUCGCGGCGCCGCACCAUUUCCCAUCGCCGUCGCCGCGCCACGCCGUGCAGUUCAGCCAGGCGAACCCGAGCACCCUCCGCGGCAGCGUCGACGAGCGGUUCCCAGUGUUCGUGCUGCUCGCCGUCUCGGCGGUGCCGGAAGCAGAUGGUGGCCGUCGGCGCGUGCGGCUUCCUGCAGGGUCUCCUCGCCGUGGAGGUCGACGGCGCCAAGAAGCUCACCGAUUGCCUCGUCAGACCGGGAUGAUACGUGCCAUCAUCCAGUGCAUGCCACGUAAGCAAAACCACGGUAAAACGAGACUUUAGACCGGGAUGAUGUAUUAAACCAAGUUUAAGGAUCUCGAUGUGCGUUUUGCAAGUUCAUGGACCUAAAUGAAACCUCGUUACAAGUUUAAGGACCGCUAGUGUAAUUUACUCUUUAUUAUAUUUUUCUUACAAGGUGUAUAUAUAAAUAUUAUAAUGUGUGAAGUGAGUAUAGCUAAAUUGGUUAGGUUUCUUGUGGUGGAACCAACUCACCUGAAAUCAAGUUCUAGACUUAGCACAGUUGCUCGUAUUUACGGCUAUUUUCUUUUAGUGUAGGUAUGUGUGUAUUCAUAGGGAUGAGUGUGCGCGCGUUUGUGAACGCCCGCUUUUGUACCGUGUUUCUCGAAAAAGGAGAAACAUUAUAGUGUAAUUAUUGAAAUUUACAGCAUAAUUAUAUUAUAAGUUUAAAAAUUUAUAGA